AUGUCAAACGACCCGAAUUCUCCAUUUCUGGACUUUGACAAUGCUUUAGAUCACCUUUCGAAUCCAUCUGAAUUUCCAUCGAAUUACUUGACACGUGUUUUGGAGAACACGACCAAAAAGUAUUAUGCGAUUAGUCCAUCAUAUGUUGCAGCGAUAAGUUGCCAAGCUUUGAAGUACAAAAGUCUGAUACCUUAUAGAGAAGGAAAUACAUUUGCUAAUGAUUUAAUAACACAAGAAGGACCACUUCCUUCAACUCUUAUUUUACAAGAACUCACCGAUGCGUGUGGGAACUUAAAAAGUGAAUUCCAAGAGAACAUUGACUUCAUUCUCAUAUCUAAAAAGAACCAAAAAAUGAUCAAAACAAUUAUCGACUUCUUCGAAGAGGAUGGCGAAUUCCCAAAACUCCCAAAAGUCUUUGUCCGAAACGAAGACGGAAAAUUUAUUAAAGACACUACACCGAUUAUGGUCACUUUUAAGUUGACACUAAAAUCCCUCAAUAACGCCGAUAAUGAGGUGUUGAGAAAUUGCGAAGUAUACAGAACACAGACCGUCGAAAGAGUCUUGUCAAGACUCAAAGUACUCUACGCAUCAGAACUCAUAUUUACAAGCUACGAUAUCCAAAUUAUUAGUUCCGAUUCAACUACCGCAUCUCUGUCAGACACUAUUGGAAAGUUACUCGACACCACUGAAACACCAAACACAAUUUCCAUCAUUAUUAAAGAACUGAAACUCCACAACCAAUGGCUUUCUAAUAAUAAUUAUAGUUACUCAAAUUACAACAAUAGUUCCUCGAUGUAUGGUUAUAAUUAUGGUUCGAGAUACUAUGACGGAUAUGACAACGAUGAAAUGAAGCGCGGGACGAAAGGGGUAUGUGGGCUGCAAAACUUGGGGAACACUUGUUUUAUGAAUUCCUCAAUACAAUGCAUCGUCCACGUCAUGCCACUUGUCAAGUACUUUGAACGUGGGAUGUGGAAAAACGAAGUAAACACAACUAACCCGCUUGGGACACAAGGAAAGCUUGCUUCGGCUUGGGCGGACUUGGUCAACAAGUAUUGGGGAGGACAUUCUUAUAUCUCACCAAAAUCCUUUAAAACGGCCAUCGGUGAGUUUGCGCCACAAUUCAGUGGGUACCAACAACAUGAUUCACAGGAACUCAUGUCAUUUUUGAUUGACGGAAUCCACGAAGACCUCAAUCGAGUUGUCAAAAAGGUGUAUGUUCAAUCUCCAGAUUACAAUGGCGAAACGGAAAGUGAGUGGGCCAAAAAAGAGUGGGAAAGAUACAAAAUCCGAAAUGAUUCGAUUAUAACGGACCUUUUUACUGGACAGUUUAAAUCGAAGGUUGUGUGCGAUGUGUGCGGAAAAGUCAAUCUUAAAUUUGAUUCGUACAUUUUCUGGUCUCUUACAAUCCCGAACAAAACGAAAUUGGUUAAGUUCACUGUGUUUGACAAAAGUUACCAACAUGUUGAAAAGGUUAGCAUUGAUGUUGAGAAUAAAAGUCGGAACGAGAUUGUGGAGGAGUGUUUGAAAAACACUAAUAUUUUUGGAGAUUGCGAGGAUUUUGUUGUUGUCAAAUACUCAUGUGGUGAAAAGGUGGAACGACUGGUUGAGAUAAAGGACAAAAUUGAGACACAGUACGAAUAUGCUGUUGUUCAAAUACAAGACAAAAUCAAAGAAGAGAGGAAAACCGAUGAAAGUGAACACCCAAAACAAAACAAUAACGAAGAGAAAGUCGUUGAAGUCGAGGAUAUUCAAGAAACUAUGAAUGAAAUUGGAAAAGAAGAAGAAGCGAAUCAACAGGUUGUUCCACAUAUUGUGAUUUAUGACAUGUUGUUCAAAUAUACUGAUUAUAGCACUUACAGAGUUCCAUUUGCGUUCCAUUCUGAUGAUUCUUUGGAUGGAAUUGACGCGAGAAUGUAUUUGUUAUUUAAAGAGGAAUUUUCGACUUACUCGUAUUACUACAACACAAGCGAACAAAAAGAAGAAAAGCAAAAAGAAGAGGCUGAGACGGAAAAACACUUCAUAUACAAUGAUCAAUCUAGUGACGUAAUUGAAGGAGAAACAAAAGAAGUUUCUAAAUUCAGGUACUUCUCUGUGCGUUCCAGUUACAGCAGAGAUGAAGGUGAUCCGGUCUCUUUGGAGGAGUGCAUCGAAGCGUUCCAAGAAGAAGAAAAGCUCGACGGGGAUAAUAAAGCAUAUUGCUCGGGAUGCAAACAACACCAACCGGCUCACAAGAAGAUGGACUUGUGGUGUGCAAACAAGGUCUUGGUUAUUCAUUUGAAACGGUUUGGGAAUGCUUCAGGAAGUUUCAGGGAUAAAGUGAACACGUUAGUAAAUUUCCCGAUAGAGGGGCUAGACUUGACGAAAUACAUCAAAGCCGACCAAAAAGAGAGGAAGAUCUAUGACUUGGUUGCGGUCUCAAACCACUCAGGAUCACUUGCGGGUGGACACUAUGUUGCAUCUGCUAAAGUUGGAAAUGAGUGGUACGAUUUUAACGAUUCUUCCACGUCCAGAAUAGAAGGGACUGAAAGAGACAUUGUCUCGUCGGGAGCGUAUGUUCUUUUCUAUAUUAGACGAGACGACGAAGAGUACUCAAGUUCAUUGAGAAGCGACGCAAGCGACAACGCUGAAGAAGAAGAGGAAACAGGUGAGAAGUUGGAAAAUAUAUCGAAAGAUAGCGAUGUGGAAAGCGACAGAAAAGAAAGUGAUAAGUCGAGUUUCUUUUCACGUGAAUAA